GAACAGUUUUAUUGAUUAAACUGGAUUUAUUUACUUUGAAAAACAAAUCUGUUUUAAUUUUAUUGUUAACAGAAUGAAUACAUGUACGUUUAAUGUAAACAGUUUCAGUUCGAUUUAUUAAAGAUAAACUACUAUAUGAGUACUGGUUUCCCAGUAGUUUCCGGACCCAAGUAGUUUUCCAGACCUUUUACAUUUAGUUUAAACUGUAUUUAUUUCCACAAAUUGUAUAUACAAACAUGAGUACUAUAUUCAAAUUAACAAAGUUUGAUAAAUAGACAUACAUCAAUCAAACAAACAAAGAAAUUUUCAAUCGAAUGGAUUGGAAAACAAGCUACUUAAAACUUAUAUGAAUUCCGCUCCAUAAGAAAAACAGAGGUUAAAUGAAAAAUAGUAACUAGGCUGUGAAGCUGACAUCUUGGACUUUUUGGACGCGACUGAAUAAACAAUGGCAGAUAAGGCUGCAAUUCAGGAAGAAAUAAAGAAACAAGGAGAGAUUGUGAGACAACUUAAAUCAGAAAAGGCUGACAAGGAUGUGAUAUCGGAGGAAGUUGCCAAAUUACUAGAAUUGAAAGCUCAAUUAGGAGAUGAGGCUUCAAAAAAUUUUGUGCUCAAAUGCCCAAAGGGCACUCGAGACUACAAUCCCCUGCAGAUGUCAAUACGAGAAGGUGUAUUUAAAACCAUCAUAAGCUGCUUCAAACGUCAUGGGGCUGAAACGAUAGAUACACCAGUAUUUGAAUUGAAGAAUGAAGAUUCACAUGUGGCCUAGGAAUCAUCAAGAUAAACAUUCUGACCAAGUUUCAUGAAAAUAUGGUCUUAAAUGUGGCCUCCAGAGUGUUAACAAGCUUUUCUUUUGACUUGACCGGGUGACCUAGUUUUUGAUCCAACAUGACCCAGAUUUGGGCUUGGCCUAGAGCUCAUCCAGAUAAACAUUCUGACCAAGUUUCACAACGAUAGGGUCAUAAUUGUGGCCUCUAGAGUGUUAACAAGCUUUUCAUUUGAUUUGACUGGGUGACCUAGUUUUUGACCAAACAUGACCCAGAUUCGAACUUGGCCUAGAGGUCAUCAAGAUAAACAUUCUGACCAAGUUUCACAAAGAUAGGGUCAUAAAUGUGGCCUCUAGACUAGAGACUAGUAGAGUGUUAACAAUUUUUUCCUUCCAUUUGACCCGGUGACCUAGUUUUUGACCCCAGAUGACCCAAUAUUGAACUCGUCCAAGUUUUUUUUAGGGUAACAUUCUGACCAAGUUUUAUUAAGAUUGGACCAAAACUGUGACCUCCAGAGUGUCACGGACGACGGAUGACAGACACAGGGCGAUCACAAAAGCUCACCUUGAGCACUUUGUGCUCUGGUGAGCUAAAAAUCUGGAGGUGUUCAGCUACAAUAUCUGCCAUUUAUAAGUCUCUGUGGUCAAUUUAUUUUCGAGAAGAUUACUGCAAAAAGUGAAUCAAACAAUGCACAGUGCCUUGAACAUUUAUAGGCCUCUCCUCUACCUCCUUGGCAUAACUGAAGUUGAAGACUACCUGUCUGCCAAGUACUUUUUCCUGUACUUUGCUAAAUUGAGCCUAUUUACUGUUUAAAGAUAAAUCUGCAAUCUUAAGAGUAGCAGUCAACAUUCAAUUCUGUAGUUAAGGCCAAAGUUAAAAAUAUGUUUGUUUGCUGUCUCCCUAUCUACCCACUUAAAAUGCUGCGCCCCAAAAGUUUUUAUUGGACAAUGCUGGUCAAAAUUUUUUCUUUAAGUUGCGAUAUGACAAGUGCCGCAUAUUUUUCAAGUACAUGUAAGCAAAACAGUAAGUAAGAAAGUUUAAAUUGUACUAUAUUUGAUUUCAUCCUUUUAUACUACAUAUAAAGAUUUGUCUUAUUUUUUCAGAAGAAAUAUUCUGUAAGAAACGGUCAUAUAUAUAUACUGGUAAAUGUAUAAUCCCAACACCAAAAAAAAUAUAAAAAAAAUUGCCUACCUACCUACCCAACUUUAAAAAGUAGGGUUGGGAGACAGCAAACAAUUUUAAAUGUGGCCUAAGUAUCUGAGUGACUUCAGGACACUAAUGCGGUUACUGUCAGCUGAAUGCUUGUCAGAAGUUUCAAAAUGUCUAUAUUAAAAUAAAACUUUCACAAGACAGCAUUUUUUAAUGUUAUUUUGAAGGUGUCAGAGACAAAUUUACCUUUA